AUGAAUAGAUUCAGGAAGGGGAAGAAGGGGAAAGAUGUUGAAGAGACGGAGGUUGCGCCUCCCUCCUCGUUCAUGGGAAUAUCGAAAUCAAAGAAAGGGAACAAAGAUGUAGUCAAGCCCGAGCUCGACCUUUCGACCGCUUUACCGUCCACCGACAACUUUCGCACCAGUCUCUUGAUGCCUAACCUCUCGGCUCGAUUCAGCAUGUUACGAGAACAGGACGAUCCCAACACAAAAUUAGGAAAGGCCAACGACGACAGCGUUUUGUUUCCCAAGCGAGCAUCUCGCCUCAACUUAUUCGGCCACAACCCAAACCCUCUAACCGAUAUCGCCGAAGUUUCGUCCAUGGAUGGCCGAUCAUCGUUUGCAACGCAAAGAGUCAACUCAUACGCAUCAGCUGAAGAUGGGACCGAUGAAGAUUGGCAGAACGGCAAUGUGAUGAACAGAAAAAGGCCCGGGGAGGGAAACAACCUCUUCGGAGGACGACAGAAAGUUUACAAGAUUCCUGUCAGUGGUUCCGGCAAAGAUCUAGGGGGUAUGAGAGGCAGGACAGUCUAUGAAGAUGAUAUCAACUUGUCAACGUUUCAGAAAUUGAGACUCAGGGAGAAAGAGGAGAGACGCGCCAUGCAAGCGGCAGAGGAAGUGCAAGAUGUGUUGACCCCGGAGUCGGAUGAGGGCCUUCCAGGGUUUUUGUCAAAGAGGAUGACCUCGUCAUCGACAACGUCGGGACAAUCGAAUCCACGCACCUCGACUGCAGCUACUUCCAUCGAUGAGCAACCAAUUGGCUCAAAUCAAAUUACAUCCAUGUCCAACAAUCCAAGCAAACCGGCUGGAGUGAUUCCUAUGAAUGGCCAUGUCAGCAAAACACGCCGGCUCUAUGGACAAGGUCUAGCGCAAACAGCACAAGAUCAACAAUCAUCAGCUUUAACGCGACUUGAAAGUCUCAGCCGGCAGCGCGCAGGCGGACCUCCUGAUCUUCCUCGACUCAACCGUACGUUUUCCAGGAGCGCAACCAACCUUCAUGACAGACGCCAGGGUGUAUCUCCUAUCCUACCUACUCCGUCAUCCGCAAAUCGCAACUACAGUCCAGUAAACUCGACAGGAUCACCGUUUUCCGAAGCCCUGGAUGCCGUCCAACGACCAGACCGAACAUCAGACAGCAGCAGCACUUCUCCCGCUUAUGGAGCAGUGCCACCUCUAAGUCCACCCAUCAGCGACAAUGAGGAGAUUGGCACUCUUGCUGCCGCACUGCAUCCCGAAGACCGGGGUAAAGCCACAGCCAUGGGUCUGUUUAACAAACCAACCGGACCUUAUGAUGAACAGCAAUUCAUGCGACGUCAGCUUCAGAUGCAUGAAAACCGCACUGGAACUCCCACAACUCGUCGAUCGUCAGCCAACAGCCUUUCACGAGGAGAGACUAACGACAAUCGGCCACGGGGUAUGUCCAACACAAGCUAUCGCUCCAAGGCAGAGUCUGCCUCGUCUUACUACAGUGGUGACGGUACCGGGUCGAGAGCUCACAGCAUCAGAGAUGUUUCUCCUCCAAGACUUGCCGGUAACAACGGUACCUUUUUCUUGAAUUUGGACAACAGUGACAGCGAAAGCCAAAGUGCCGGCGAUGAUUUCCAACCUCUGAGAAAAGUGUCUUCGGUAAGAUCUCAGGCUUUCGAUGGCAUUCAUCCUGCAUUCCGCUCCCGACCUGCAUCCAGAGAUUCUGACGGUGUACCAUCGACUCGCGAAUCGUUUGAGAUUCCCGAAAUCAAAGGAUAUGACCUCAACCCGAUACAAGAAACCAACCCAGCUCCUCCAUCGCCAAUUUUGGAAGAGGCUUCUGAAAAGGCUAUUGAUUCACCAACACUUGGACCAGCUGGACUCGGCCUCAACAGCAUGAUUCGUGCGCAUUUGAGGCAAGAUAGUGCACAGUCUUUGCUGCCUCUGCCUUCUCCUCGACUGCCCACUUAUCAGGACCUCUCACUACCAAUGGAGCCGCCCUCUGGCCCACCCCCUCCACCACCACCAAUUUCCGCACCGACAUCUGCGCCACCUCCACCACCGACUUCUGGAUUCUCAAGUGUGGCAUUGAGAGCAAAGCAGCUUCGCGAACAAGCUGCUGCCCUUCGAGAACAACAACAAGCCGAACAGGCUGAAGAGACGCGCCCCGCUACGCAAGAAGAACAAUCACGAUUAGGGCAUUAUCGUGAUAGCAGCCUCGAAACACAAAAGGAGCGUGAAGAGUUUGCCCACGAGCUAGCCGAAAGACGACGACGAGUUCAGGAAAACCUACACAAGAUAGGUAGCAGAUCCAACAGCCCAGCGCCCGGACGAAACACUCCCGAGGCUGGUACCAGGACCGGAAAUGGUUUCUCGCUGCUUAAGAAUCGAGCAGCCAAGAAUGGUAUUCCAGAUGGACUUGCAACACCGCCAUCUUCCAAAGCAUUGAAGAAACUUGGUAUCGGUGGCCCCAUGAUGAACGCAUCAACUCCCUCCCUUGACUCUUGGAGGGAUGACGAUGUGGCCUCUGGAUUUAGUGGAUUGGGCAAACAUUCCAACUCGAGCUCGCCACAAAUUGCAUCUGGCCGCACUGCAUCUGGUCGAGCACCCUAUUCUCGCAGUACCAGCCAUGGUAGUGAAGAGCCAGACUCUGGAUCCAGUCGACCAGCUUCGCCUGCUAAUUAUCGAAGGGACCGAUCAACCUCUGCAUCAGCACGAUCCAAAAGUCGUCCACCCCAUCGCGAGGACCUCGAUAUGGUAGCAGAACACUCUGUGAGUCGAUACGGUGAUACUCGUGUCGGACAAUCACCCCCUUCUAUGCGCCCAUCGAUGGACAGUGAGUACGUACCAAACGAACGGUCUGCUUCUGAUGGCUCAGGAAGCAUGUCUGGAAAUCGGUCUGCUGCGCCUUCACAUUUAGAGCUCGUCCCACCAAGCGAUGCCAGCAGCAUUGGAACAUCACCACGUCCUUCCCCAGUUGUUCCUCCAUACUCUGCCAAUGCCACUCCUCCUCUGGAAGAGGAUAGAAAUGACUCGCCCAGGCUCAAUCGAUCAGAUUCGUCAAACAAUGCAUCCACUCAGUCGCUCCCUCAACGAGCCCCCGGCGGCAACGGUCUGCCGAAGAGACAAGUAUCUAAAUCGCAAAUCUCAGAGCCCACCUUUGUGUCGAGCACAUCCAACGUGCCGAUGGUCUCUUUACCUCCUGGAGCCAGUCUCAGCAAUGGCAUGCCCAACACUCCUCCCAUUCCGCCCAUGAACCCGCGUCGCAGACGAACGACGACCACACAAACGAUUCUUGGUGCAAUCAAGGGUGAUCGAGCCCAAACCCCACCAGCAGUUCGAUCCAGCCACGACGACGAGCGACGCGCCAACUAUCCUCCUAAUAUCAAUAAUAUGAAUAAUAACUAUAAUAUCAACCAGGCGGGCGGCCCAAUCGACUCGCGACCUAGUCUGCGCAAAAUGCAGAGCGAAGGUGGGCCCAUGAACUCGCGUGCUCGACAGCAGGCCAUGAUGGCUGCGACCCCGACAAUGCCUAAUUAUCCUCCUGCAACCGAGAUUCAGGGAGGGAUGAUCUAA